GUAGACUCUUUUUUGGCCUUUUUUAUAGAGUUUCUCACAUCUACAAAUUUUAUGUCGCGGUGUAACGAGCUCGUCGGUGGUGCUGAUGUUGAAGAAUUCAAGUCUACCUCGACGAACUUUGAGGUGUGAAACUGGUUCAUCUGUGAAAGAGCACCUGGAGUUUCCGAAGAGCCCGGAAAGCCAAGGGCAUCCGACCGCAGCUGUUCUGGCUCCAUCCAGAAUAGCGUACGGUUCGGACUCAGAGCCAUACACCAUUCCCAUAUCCCCCAAGCGCAUUGGCUCAACGGUUGAUGCAGCUCUGAAUUUGUCCAUAACACCCGAAACUAGUGGCGUUAUCCGCGACGACCCAACAGAGAGUCCGAGAGGAGCAAGCGGUAUCAGCACCGAAAUCGUCGCAGAUUUGGCUCUAGACGACGAGGACGAUUCCGGGCCGCCGUUGAAGACUCUGAAGGAAGAUAUUGACGGGAACUCUUCUGUUUCCGCGUCCAAACGAGGCCCAUUUCCGGGCCCUUACAAGCUGAGUGAUCGGUUUCUGCAGCCAGUAAACAGUCGUCCGUUGGCGAUCGGCACUCGAAGAAGAACGUUCUCCGACGGCUCCAGGACUCUGAAGUCUCGUGGCGGGAUGGGACAGCAAUUCUCUCAGGAGGGUGAUAAUAUUCUUGGCCGAAUCGUCAAGGGAUUGGAGUUGAUCGGGCCCAGGUCCUCUGCCGGGGAAUCUCGUAGCGGGCAGUCGAGUUCCUUCCCAAAGUUCCUGACGGACGUGAACGUAUUUCCUGAUUUGCCUCGGCCAGCCAGGCUUGACUACUUGCUCAGUUUGCCUCCAGCGAGUCGGGAAGAGCAGCUGAAACAUGCCUGGAACCCCGAUGACCGGUCCUUGAACAUCUACGUUAUGGACGAGGACAAGCUGACGUUCCACCGACACCCAGUGGCCCAAAGCACGGACUGCAUCCGCGGCAAGUGCGGCUACUCGCGUGGCCUACACGUGUGGAAGAUCAAGUGGUUGACGCGACAACGCGGGACACACGCUGCCGUCGGCGUCGCCACUGCCGACGCCCCGCUCCACUACGUCGGCUACACGUCGCUCGUCGGCCGCGACGACCACUCGUGGGGCUGGGACCUGAGGCAGAACAAGCUCCUGCACAAUUGCCGCGAACCCUAUUCGGCCGACGUGCCCGUGUACCCGUCCUGUCUCGGUCCCGACACGAGUUUCGUCGUGCCCGACACGUUUUUGGUUGUCCUUGAUAUGGAUGAGGGCACGUUGAGCUUCGUUGUUGACAACCAGUACCUGGGACCGGCAUUUACAGGGUUGAAGGGGAAAACCUUAUAUCCGAUUGUUUCUGCUGUCUGGGGCCACAGUGAAAUCUCAAUGAUAUACGUUGGAGGUUUACGACCGGAUCCGUUGCCGCUGACGGAGUUGAGCCGGUACGUGAUACGGCAAGAGGUGGGCAAACGCCACAAGAACUUCAGCAAGGCCGUCAACUCCAUGGUCUUGCCGUCCACAAUCAAGGACUUCCUCCUCUACCGCCAACCGAGAUAAUCCCUCAGAUUGCAAAAAAAGAAGAAAAAAAACAGGGUCGAACUGCCGAAGCGAAGGAGACGGAUUAUAUUUCUUUGUGAUAGAACCGGGCGGAGUGUCGGCGUUUCACUGUUGCAUCGCUCCUCUCGGUCUGUCUCUUGCUCUCACAAACAAUUUUUCCUUCUUCUUCUUGUUCUCUCAUCCUCUUCUGUUCUUCCCCGCGUUGCUCUUCGUUGGGUUGAAGAGCGACGCCUUUCGAACGAAUUUUGACACGAGCGACGCGCUUUUCUCGAGACGAAACAAAAAAAAAGAGGGGAAAUUCAUUUCUGAAGCUCGAAUCAAAUCUGAACCGGGGCUUUUCAAUCAGUGGAUAACUUGAGAUAAACCCCCAGGCGAGAUGAGAAAAAAAAGGCUGAAAUAUUGUGGGGGGAGGGGGAUAAAUCGGAGCAUUGGAGAGGAAGAAAGAUGUCGAGUAUGAUGAUAUGAAGCAUUGGUGAAGUGAUGUGUCUUGAAUUUGAUACGAGCUCCGUUUGUAAAUAGAGUUUACAGGUGGUACAGUACAUUUAAGUGUACUCUAGCACAUCCUGAAAGUGGUACAAUUUUGACACACCAAAAAAAAAGAGGUUGAAAAGCCCUGAUUUAGAGAGUGAGGUUCUCAAUCGGCUCUGACCAGACUAAGGAGAAUAUAGAGACAAAAUUUUGGCUAAAUGUGAAGCAAAAUUAAACAGGGUUACACAACUAAUGUUUGCGAUCUCGCAUCAUUGAAUCGUUUGAUGAUGAUUUAGGCUUGUUUAAUCUAGUAUUUGAUGAUUCGAGAAUCUUUAGACCAAAUUUGCGGAAUUCUAUUAAGGAUUGAGAAAAAAAAAACGGUAAGGUGACCUCCUUGAAUUUUUUUGGAGUGAUCCUAAAUUUAAAACGUAAUUGGCUCAAGAAUCCGGAUGCACACAAAUUGCGUCAGAAACUCGAAAUGAUGGAAGGGUUUCAAUCGUAGAAAGCGAUUCGAAAACGAGGCUUUGCUGGUCAGAAGAGGUUGAGGACCUCUUGAUUUAGAGCUUCUCUUUCUUUUUCUUGAGUGGCUUCGCAGUCCUUGCACUCGGGUGUUCCCCACGCUUCGAUUUUUAAUUGUUCGUGUGUCGAUGCAGGAUAAUCGACCAGAUUUCAGUAAUUGAAAUUUCCCAUCUUUGGCUCUGUGACAUCAUGACCUUGAGCUCUUCGUGUUUUUACUCGGGAAGAUCGCUGAUAUCGCCUUAAUUGAAUUUAUAUUUUGAUGGCUGACCGCACGUGUUGCAGUACCUGAUAUUUUGUGGUAAAAAGGCCAAUUGAAUAUUCCAGUAAUUCUAAUUCAACUUCUGGAGCUUCUCAAUUGCUUAAGUAUUAAUGUUUUCUGCGCGAAAUUGGCAGAACGAAGGUUUUGGAUCAUAUUUUGACCAUGACAACGAGUGUCAUCUGUUGGUGGGCAGCAUCAACGCGGACAUUUUUGGAAAUCAUAUGAUGACGAUUGUCUCGAGUGUCGCGAAAAAUUCGAAAGAAGGUGGAAAUUUUCGAGGCUUCCAGUGCAAGAACUGAUAAGGCACUACGUCUUCUAUGACUCUGAUUUUUUCCUCUCUCUCUCAUCAAGCUCGUCUAGAAAGUGAUGCGGAGAAGGUGGGAGAAACUUUCCUUUUGCUAUCAGAUAUUUUUCUCUCUCUGUGUAGAUGCCAUCUUUCCGCCGCCCUUCUUAUAUAUUUUUUUUGGGACUCUGUUGACGUGACGUUGAUGUUGAUUACAGACGCCUCGUAUUGUGUUUUUAUUCGCGGCUGCCUGGGAAUUAUUUGACUGGAGGGAAUGAGUGCGCAUUGUACUUUGCAGACAGCAGGGAGCUAAGAUGAGCAUUACGCAGAAGUUAUUUUUCAUGGCUGUUGCGGCACGAGUUUUUAUGGUUAGAGUGUGUGAUUGUAAGAAUCCAGUUCACUCCUUUUUUGCCAGUUUUCAGUUGACCUGAAUAAGCGCGGAAUUUUCGCGGGCUGUUGAAUUUCAUUCUCUUCUCAUAUUGUGGAGUCGCUUGUUUUUUUUUUUUUUUUGUCCUCUUGUAUCUUUCUUUUUUUUUAUCUGUUGUGUGGGUGCAUUUGUAUCAUUUGUGCCAUAGUGUAAUGCGCAGUCUAUUAGAUGUUCUUCAUAUUGUCACCGAUUCCACUUUUUGGGUCAAUCAUUUCUGAAUCACCAUCUUGUGCUGGACAUUGUGGGAAUGUUGUCAAAAAAUAUAAUACGAUUUUAAUGA